AUGGAGCAAGCUGUUUUUAAAGAGUUGACCAGGCACGUCUUACGCACUGCGAGGGGGCGGCGCCCAAUUGUUGUACGCAAUGCCCUCCUUCAAAACAGAAUGAAAGAGCCACUCAGUUCGCGCACAAUUGGCGAACUGAAAUGGUACUCGUGCGGUCCGACGGUAUACGACGAUGCUCAUCUAGGUCAUGCGCGUACGUAUGUAUCCUUCGAUAUCAUCAGGCGCGUGAUACUCUCAUUGACAGGGACACGGAUUGACUAUGCUCUGGGAAUCACUGAUAUAGAUGACAAGAUUCUAAAACGGGCGGCGGAAAGAAAAAUGUCCCCGACUGCAUUGACGAGUCAUUUCGAAGCCCGGUUUUUCGAGGAUAUGCAAACACUGAAUGUCUUGCCCCCGUCGAAGAUACUACGAGUCACCGAACACAUUAAAGAACUGCAGAGCUUCAUAUCAGAUUUGAUCAAGUCUGGAUCCGCGUAUGCCUGUGACAGCGGGAAUGUCUAUUUCUCAGUACUCUACUCCGGUGAGAGAUAUAGCCAGUUAGAUCCGUCGCGAAGUCUCAAAGGGGACCCAAGUUCAUCCUCAAGAACAAGUCACGGCGAAAACACAAACCUCGAGAAGCGGGACCCUCGAGACUUCGCUUUGUGGAAACGAGACACUAAUGCACAUCAAGACGGUGUAUGGGACUCUCCAUGGGGUCUUGGAAGGCCAGGAUGGCAUGUUGAAUGCUCUGCCAUGGCAAUGCAUGCCAUAGGGCCGUUUUUGGAUUUGCAUACUGGUGGAAUCGAUCUUCGAUUUCCGCAUCACACCAACGAGCUGGCCACUGCGGAGGCGAAACUAUGUCAUCUCCAAGUAGCUCAGGCACACGGUGACGAAUUGGACCGUUGGUCUCACACAUGGAUGCAUGCAGGCCACCUGCACCUGUCUGGGAGAAAAAUGUCCAAAUCUGUCAAGAACUUUAUUACUGUUAGGGAAUUUAUGAACCAAGGGGGAACAGCAGACUGCUUCCGAGUCUUUUGCCUCUUGCAUAAGUAUUCGUCUCCGGUGGAGUAUUCGGACGAUAGAUUCCUUGACGCGAAUUCGUAUCUCACAAGACUGAGAAGAUUCACCUCACGCAACCCCUUCGCCCAGCUGGAGAAUAUGGAAGGCACGCGAUUGCCUUUUCAUCCUGAGUGCCCACAUGGUGCUAAGCUUGCUGCCGAGGUGACAUCCACUCAAGAAGCGAUCGAGGAUGCCCUUUCGGAUGACUUUGACACCCCCCAGGCACUCGCGAAGAUGAAUCGCCUGGUAGCAACAGCAAACGCAUCUAUAUCAAGUGAUGGGACAUGGAAGUCUGGGGCAGCGGCAUUGGCAUAUAGUUCUGCGUCCGAACUAGUGCAAACAACGCUCAGGAUGUUAGGAAUCUCGGCCGACGCAUGCAGUUUCGUUGCCAAAAAUGCAACACCUUCAAGUACGGAUGGAUCUCCGACGGAUAUCACGGAUGCUUUCGUAGAUCUUCGAGCCAGAAUUCGUGCCGCGGCGAAAAGGAAGGAUAUCGGAGCGAUUUUUGAGGUCUGCGACAAGGCCCGGGACGACGCCUUGACCAGUUUUGGUAUUCGUAUAGCAGAUAGGAAAGACGGAACGUCUUCUUGGAGCAAAGAUUAG